AUGGUUGUUUCUGAAGAUGACAGGGGGGCCGUCGGGCAGGUCCGGGCUGCUUCGAGGAUAAAGGCCAUCGUUACGGUCGCCUUGCCGUUGAUCGGCUUCGGUGCGGCGGCGGCGGUCUUGCGCGGAGGUCGGAUGCUACCGCCAGGCUCUGGUGCAAAACUACCUGUGCCGGAGUCCUUCUGCCCCGUCACUCGCAGGGAAAGUGGCUUCGCAUGUAGCGGAGGGGCUGCCCGGAAGAGGGCGCGGCGCCCACGCCGCGAGCUUGGCUUCAAUGUCUCAGCUGCCGAAAUGGUGGGUCGCAUGCGGGAUGAGGUGGCGGCCUUCUCGUGCGACUUCGCCCGGGAUCCGCGGAGUUCCGUUUGGCCUCCGACUGAACCGACGAUAUUGUCAAACGUCACAGCAGGUUGGCCAGCCGGCCGCUUUAGCCGGGAAGACUUCCUGAAACACUUCGAAGGUUGGCGUCUGCCCUUGAGCACCUUCUUGCGCGACUGUUGGCUGGCCCUUGUCAAGCAAAGCGGCCAGUUGGCCGAAGCCCCGGAGGAGGCCUCUUUUGAAGAGUACCUGGACCUUCGUGCUGCCACCAACCGCAACAUCUUCUUCUUCUUGAGGGAUGACUCGAGCCAGUCGCAGGCCAACGAGCACCGGGUGAAGAAGCAGAAGUUCUUUGACGAGACGAUGGCCAGAAUCUUCGCACCACCGACGAAGUUUGAGACGCAGCUGCGGAUCUUCGCCAUGGAUGGCUUAGCUUCGGGCCAUGGUAUGCAUUGCCAUGCCGAGGCAUGGCUGGUUUCGCUCGUAGGAAGGAAGGUUUGGUGGGCGGCCCCACCGUCCGGUGCACAUGUCACCAACUCGGAUGGCCGCCCCGUGUAUCCCUACAAGUCCCUUGCGCCUGAGGAGGGCGGCUGGCCCUGUGCCUGGCUACUGGACGAGGCCUCCGCGCCCCCGGGCACGCGCCGCUGCGUCCAGCACCCGGGCGAGAUGGUGGUCCUUCCUGCCGGAUGGUGGCACAUGACUUGUUCCUUGGAUGAGCUCAACAUGGCACUUGGUGGACAGGAGGCUUGA